AUGAAUGUUGUCAAUUCCAUAUACUUUCAGCCCAUGUUUGAUUCUGUAAUCGCCAUUGGUCCAGGAUUUAAAGUUCCUACCUACCAUGAAGUUCGAGUUCCUUUAUUGAGUGACUCAAAGAAAGAGCUUCAAUUGUUUAUUGACUCUGUAAAGAGUACUUGGGCUGAUUUUGGGUGUACAAUUAUGGGUGAUGGUUGGGCUGAUGGUAGACAUAGAACUCUCAUUAAUUUUCUUGUUUAUUGUCCUAGAGGAAUCACUUUUGUUAAGUCUGUUGAUGCCUCUGAUGUUGUAAAAGAUGCUCCUCUUCUUUUUAAAUUGUUUGAAGAAAUUAUUGAGUGGGUGGGAGCAAGCAAUAUUGUGCACAUGGUGAUAGAUAAUGGGGCAAAUUAUGUUGCUGCUGGAAGGCUUGUUAGUGAAACUUACAAGAAUAGUAAUUGGUCUCCUUGUGCAGUACAUUGUUUGAACUUAGUGUUAAGUGAUAUUUCCAAGUUGAAUCAUGUGAAAGAGUUUGCGUCUAGAGCAUCAAGUGUGACAAGAUUUAUUUACAAUCGCCCAUGGUUGAUAGCUUGGUUGAGGAAAAGGAAAGGAUGGACUGAAAUUGUGCGCCCAGGAGCAACCUGUUUUGCCACUACUUUCAUUGCAUUGCUUAGUAUUCAAAAACAUAUGCAUGAUUUGAAAGCCUUAGUGACAAGUAAGGAUUUUGUCGAUUCAAGGCAUGCAAAAGAUAAGAAAGCAAAAGAAGUUGUUGCUAUCAUUUUAGAUAGUAAGUUUUCAAAUGAUUACUUGACCAUUGUUAAGAUUGUUGAGCCACUCAUGAGAUUGUUGCGUGUUGUUGAUGGAGAUAAAAAACCUUCAAUGGGAUAUGUAUAUGAGGGGCAGGCCCGACCCGAGAACUGGAGUGUUUUUGAACGUAUUCAUACGAAGAAGAGGAAUAGAUUGGAACAUCAAAGACUUAAUGAUCUUGUAUACAUUCAUUAUAAUUUGCGAUUGAAGAAUAGACAUUUCAACAACAUGAAGAACUAUGAUCCGGUUGACAUUGAAAGUAUUGACAAAACGGAGUUUUGGAUUGUUGAAGAUGAAGAAGAGCCUCCUCUUCUUGAUUUUGAUGAGUUGGAACAAAUGCUUUAUCCAGAAAAAGAUGACGGAGAGGAUGUGGUCUUAGAGGUUGGAGAUGAUAUUGACCUUGGAUCAUUUGGUGAUGUCAACAUGGAUGAUUGA